AUGAUUAGCGUCCUCGUUUGUCUUCUACCAGUCCUUGCAUACGGCGAGCAGAAAUCUGCGGAUAUGGGAAAAGACACUUUCAAGCUGGAGAGUCAGCAGAAAUUUUCCAGAAAUCUCGAUCGCGCACAACAGGAACUCAUAAGAGGUUGUGAAGAUAUUCAAGGAAUAGAGCUAGCUCUCUGCAUUGUGGAUCGUUACGCUCUGGAUCUGCAGACAAAGCAAAAUGAACGCUUGAUUCAACUAAAAAGCAGGGGAGCGUCGAAAAAAGGUGAGAACGAUUUUCCUAGAAAGCGGGAAGAGUUGAAAGGUGUUAAACAUAAAACAGGCGAAGACGCUUUUGAAAGCCAAAAGCAGCAUUUGAAAAAACCGCAAUUUGGAGUCAAUUUCUCAAAUGCAUAUCGUACAAGAAGA